AUGUCAACCGAACCACUGCUACCCUCCUACUCCUCCAUUCUGGAGAACGAACGAGAGCGGCGUCCCUACCGAUACAGGCAAGGUAGUAGAAGGGCUAACACAACCCCGCCCAUUCCUCCAAUUCAAUUUCUCAGCGCCCUAUGCUUCGCCGGCGCUGUGAUAGCCUCUACAUACUGGGCCUACAAGAGCUAUACCGCUCCGGACCGGGCCCCACUGGAGCCAGCUCCUUUGCUCCCUUACUUUGCGUCGUUAUCCCUGGUCCUUUCGUUCUGCUCAUGGAUCGGCUACCUGGUCUCUAUUCUCUAUGAUCAGGACGACCUUUCUCUCUUCCAGCGGAAACUUGUCAUAUGGAUCUCAGUCGUCGGAAAGGUAGUGUUAGGGGUCGCACACGCAGUCAUUUGGUUCGAAUACAAACAGGUCUUCCCCGGCACAAAACAACCCAACUGGCUUAUUAUGUUUCUCACAAUGCAAGCAUGGUGGGACUUUCUACUAUUGAUCGGGUAUUCUAUGCUGCGAAUAAUCUGGGAGUGGAGCCUCGGCCCGCACGAGACCUUCGUUGCUCCUCAGGCUGCAGGGAAGCUUAGCAUUCUUGACACUGUCUGCAAUGGUCUAUCGACCUCGUAUCAGCAAAGGGUGUGGCAAUUGUCGCACCCGCAGAAUCAAAGUAUGCUCUUGCUGUUUUACCUUAUACUGAAAUAUUUGCUAAGCGUCGGUCAACAGUGUGAUCGAGCAGAACCAACAUGUUCGCAAUGUGUACGAGCAUUCUUCUCUUGUCCAGGCUACCGCGAUCUGCAACAACUGCAUUAUCGCGAUGAGAACGAGAAAGUUAGGUCCCGGGUGCGAUUUGCUCAAUACAGUACUGAGCGACAAGUCAGUGUGGCCAAGGAAACAGGACCACAAAGUCGCCGAGCCUUCAAAGAUGCCGUUGUUGCUCAAUCUUUACAAUCUCUCCCGGCGUCUCUUCCAUCAUCCACGUCCGCUGAGUCGGUCGGAUUUUUCUUCCGGUACUACGUUCUUGAAGAUGGGCACAAUAUCCCCAUCUAUCUGAGUGCCUCUCAGAUGGAAGUGUUAGCAGCAAACAGCCCAUCGGUCAUGCAGAGUCUGGUUGCAGUGGGUUUAGCAGGGCUGUCUAACAUCAAAAAGUCCCCUGAUUUGAUGAAUAAAGCGACUCAAGAAUAUACACGAGCAUUGCAUCUAAUCAAUAGCGCCUUGAAAGACGAAGCUCAGCGUAAGAGUGACGCUGCACUAGCGGCGACAAUGCUUCUCGGCAUGUUUGAGGUCUUGACUUGCAACACUCCUUCCUCUUUACAGUCAUGGGCACAGCAUAUUCGCGGUGCCACAACCCUUAUAGAAAUGAGAGGGGCCGAGCAGAUCAAAUGGAUUGUGGGCAUGAGAAUGUUCACCCACCUGCGAGUGCAGAUCAUAGCCAGCUGCUUGCACUGGCGCCUCUCCGUUCCGGCAUCGAUCGUGCACUGGUCCCUCCAGGCUAUGGCAGAGAGAUCAACAGCCGACGGGAAAGCGGAUGAGCUGGUUGAUCUCGUUGCCCACGUUGCCCGACUGCUAUCCCAGGCACAAAUGAAUUUGGCAUCUGAUAAAGUAUCCUCGGCAGCAACUAUUGACAGAUAUCUUCGCCAGUGGAGACACACUCUUCCAUCUCGAUGGGCUUACCAGACCGUACCAGGGCCUCCCGUGCGCAACCGGAGCCCGUCUCAUAUGAAAUUCUACUAUAGUCAAGUAUAUCAUAUAUACCCUGAUCUUUGGGCAUGCAAUAUCUGGAAUUUUUAUCGGACCGCUCGCAUACUAGUCAACCAAUUAAUGCUCAACAGCGCAGAGAUAGGUGGCCAAGCAGAAAAAUCCCAGAUAGGAGAAACUGUGGCCCAGUUGACCACAGAAAUUGCAGAAAGCGUCCCUUUCGCACUCAAACUUGUAGACAGCAAGGCCACAGAGUUCCCAUCGCUUGACCACUGUAUGGGGGGAUUUACGAUUUUAUGGCCCCUAUACGUGGCGGCCAAUACAAGCCCCCUAGGCUCUACUUUGCGGGAAUGGGUGGUUGAACGAUUCGAGGCGAUUGGGAAUGACAUGGGUAUAGGGCAGGCACAUUUCAUGGCGAGGAAUCUACGAAAUACGUGCGCGCCUGUGCCCUGA